UUCUGAAAUGGACGCCUGAGUGAAGCGAAGCCGGAAGUGAGCGCGGAUAUCUCUCCCUCCUCUCCGGUGAUGCUAACCUGCAGAGCCGCCUGCCAUCCUACCUGGGAUGGAUGUGGAGGAGGCUUUUCAAGUUGUCGGCGAGUUUGGACCCUACCAAAGGCGGGCGGUAGCUGUCCUUGUCCUGACACAGCUGUACAUGGCUUGUCAGUCCAUGCUGAUUGUUCUGGUUGGAGCUACUCCAGAGUACCGGAUCGAGCAGCAGGAAGGCGUCCCAUCCUCCCAGCAGGAACUCCUCCAACACGUCACCUUUACAGGUGACAUCGACUCCAUAGUGACCGAGUGGUUUCUCAUCAAGCAGCAGGCCUAUAAAGUCAGCUUAGCUGGAUCGCUGUUCUUCGCCGGGCUUCUAGUGGGGAACGUUGUCUUUGGGCCGCUCUCUGACAGGAUCGGCAGGAGACCUGUCUACCUGACAGGUCUGUUUUUUGAAGUGGUCUUCGGUUAUGUGACCGCCUUUGCGCCCAGCUACGAGGUCUUCGCCGUGUCCCGUCUCCUGGUGGGGCUGAUGAACGGCGGCAUCGGCCUCGUCUGCUUCGUCCUCACUCAGGAGUACGUGGGCAAGUCCUACUGGGCCAUGACCGGGACAUUUACCAGUAUGAUGUUUGCGGUCGGCAUCGCUCUGUUUGGAGCUCUGGGCUACUGCAUCCGGCCGUGGAGGAACCUGGCGACCGCAGCCAACUCCUCCGGCGUCCUCUUCUUCCUGCUGUCUGUCACUCUUCCAGAGUCUCCUCGCUGGUUGUAUUCUCAGGGUCGGACAGAGCGAGCCGAAGAGGUUCUGCGCUACAUGGCGCUGAGGAACGGCAACGCUGCCAACAACCUGAUGCUGCAGCGAGUCGCCACCACCCCCGUCACCAAAGCCGGUAACCGUGGCAGCAGGGGAACGGGUGUCCUGCAAUUGGUGAUCCAUCCAGUCCUCCGCCUCAGGACCAUGGUGCUCAUGUAUGUCUGGUAUGCGUGCAGUCUGGUGUAUUAUGGUCUGACUCUGGGAGCCAGUGAGACGUCUGGUAGCCGCUAUAUGAACGUAGCCAUGUACGGCCUGGUGGAGCUGCCCGCCUACCCGCUCUGCAUGUACUUCAUCAGCAAACACUGGGCCGGGAGGAGGAAAAGCAUGGCCAGUUUCUUGUGUCUGGCUGGUUCUGCCUGCCUCUGCACCAUGUUCAUCCCAGAAAACACAGGGACCUUGUUGAGUGUUACGUCGCUGGCACUGCUGGGAAAGCUGAUGGUCAGCGCAGCAUUCAACAUCGCCUACGUCUACACCUCUGAACUCUACCCAACAGUUAUCAGGAACGCUGGUUUGGGAGUUUGUUCCAUGUCGUGCAGAGUUGGAGGAAUUCUUGCACCGUUUGUUCCUUCCAUGCGGGCUCUCCACAGCUCCAUGCCCUUCACGGUGUUCUGUCUGAGCGGUCUGUCUGCAGGCUGUCUGGGCCUCCUGCUGCCUGAAACCCUCAACAGACCUGCAGCAGAAACUCUGGAGGAGCUCAGCAGCCCGACCUACAGCCGAGUGCUGGAGAGCAAGGCUCUUUUGUAUGAGGAUGAGAAAUGGAAAUCAAACCACAAAUGAAGCCAGCCGCCUCGUCUUCAUCACCAGAGCAGCUCAGAGCAGCGAGACAGCCUGAGACACAGACUGUCCACACCUCACUCCUCAUGGGACUGCUGCCUCCAGAUGGUGAACUGUCCCUUUAAUUCACUUGAAGGGCUGGUCACUGUGUUCACUUUAAUGUCUGUGAACUAUGACAUUUCAAACAGGGGUCAGGGGGCGUUAUCGACUGACUCGAGGGUUCCUCCUGUUUAGUUUUACAGAGAAACCAGACAGUCAAUCCCCUGCUUUAUUUAAUAUCCUGAAUGUUGUCAUGGUGUUAGUGCCUUAUUUGGAGGUAGACAGACGACAGACACAAGAAGGAUAUGUGACUUAAUUACAUUCCUGAGAAACUGUAAAGGUGGAAAAUGAGACGGAACAAUCUUUAAUUUUAAAUCUGCUUUCUCAGUUGCAAAACAAGACAGUUUACUCACUUCCAACGUUUCCAAAAUAGAGUUAUCUGUCAUAACAGUGUUGGAGGAUACACACCAGUUAAUAUUCCACAAAAUGCAGCUCGGUUAGAUUUUAAGGGGGAAAUCUGUCCUUCACACAUGCUAAAGCAUCUGGUGCUCUGAGUGUCCAGAGGCAGAUAUAAUGGAGUAUAGCUUUAGCUGUCGUGAUGGGAAUAGGACUUGAUGUUGGAAAAAGAAAAUCUUGGAGCCCUUUUAGACCAAUAGAACAUGUUAAGGUCGGAUUUAACAACCAGCUGGAAUCAUGUGACACCAUGCACCUUAACCAUUACACUCAGGAUGCUGUUUUUAUUUUCUGUGCUGCAGGUUUCAGCAUCAUUACAAAUCAAAGUUUUAGCUUCUUUUUUUUUUAUAUUUGAAAGGGACCAUGUACAGUUUUAAACAUGAACGUUGCCUUUUGAUACACUGUACCAGAGUUAGCUUAUAGCUAGUUUUCAUGUGCAGUCUCUUGUCACAGUUAAAACAUAUUACAGCACAGUACUAGUCAAAAAACAUAAUACAAAGGAUAAAGAAUAAUACAGAAUAAACACAGUAUAAAGACCACAAAAUAAUACAGGAUAGAUAUUGCAAGGUUUCACACAAUAGCACAUCACAUGUAGACACAAUGUCAACUGGAAUGACUGAUGAAUACUUGUCCAAUUAAAAUCAAGAAUAUUUGUGUUCAUAGGAAGACCAGAGGAUGAAAUGUAAAAUCAGUGGUUACAGAGCUGAGUAGAUUUUAGUGUUUUGAAUGUCGAUGGCAGUAAACGGUAAACAUAGUAACGCUGCGUCUGAAAUCUCAUACGAUGCACUACAUCCUCAAUAUGGUUACUAUCGUUCAACAUACUUUAGUGUGAAUAAACAGUAGUCUGUAUCCUUUCAGACACACUGAGCUAUAAUUAUCACGUCACCUCCUGAGAGCCUCCAUGCUGGUUGAAGACACGUAACCAUGCCAACCUCAUCUCUACCGGCUAAACUGAACUAACUUUAAGAAUAUAUUACACCUAGAAAAGUGAAAAACCUUGAACGUACACUUAAAUUGAAGCGUUAUUGACGUUACACCAGAGCUGCCUUGGUCGCUGUCCACCGUUGUUGUUGUCGUUAAUACAGCAUUGCAUUGUGGGAUAUUUACGUUGGCGUAGUGUUCAGUGCUUGCAUACUGUAAUAUUUCCCCAGAAACAUACUACACACAUACUAUUGGUUUUAUACUUUUCAGACAUACCAAAUAAUCUCAUAAACGGUUUUAGUGUGCUAAAUGGCAUGGCAGGAAGUUCAGUCGCCCAUGUCAUAGGAUCUUUUAAGGCAGAAACAGUGAUGUCACAGGAAGUACUGGAUAAUGGUUUUAAUCUCAUAAAGCUGUCUUGUCAAGCUCGUGGACAUCUGGACAAAGUCAAGAAGCUGUGAAAGCUACAGGGACUCAAUUUGGUGUCGAGUGUCUAUUUAACAUUCUAGCUGUGUCUUAUUAACAUUAAAGCGGCUAUAAUGGAUAUUUUUAAUAAUAAUAAUAUUGUCUGAGCUGUCAGUGUGUAAUGUGUUGGUCGUGGCUCAUAGUGAUGAACUU